GCAGCGCUCCCUUCCACCCCACCCCCCUCCCCUCUGCUGCGCUUCCGGCGUCCGAUGCCCGGCCGUCGUCGGGAAUCGAGACGCAGGGCCCACCCGGCAACCGCCGACCAACAAACCCGGAAGCCACCCCCUUCGCCUACAAAUAUCCACCGCGGCAAUGCCCAGGCCUCCAAUCGCGCACAGCACAAUCCAAGAGCCACGCUAGAGAGCGAGCAAGAAAGCCAGAGGAUCACGAGAGAGCGAGGGGAGAGAAGAGGCAGCAAGAAGCAAGGAAGGGUCAGGGAAGCGAAGGCGGCAUGGCGUCCGACGACCUCAGCCUCGGGAGGGCCUUCGCCGUCCUGCUCGGCGUCUCCUCCCCCGUGAUCAUCGUCGCGGGCUACAGGGCCUACCACACGGGCUGCCUCGCGAGGGGGUGGCGGCGGCUGCGCGUCUGGGCGCUCGGCGGCGUCACGACCCUGGAGGAGGCGCUAGGCUACACCUGCGCCAUGUGCGGCGGGAGCUUCGACGCCCGCGAGGAGGUCCGCACGCUCUCCUGCGACCAUGUGUUCCACCGCUGCAAGAGCGACAAGUGCAAGCACGUCAUCGACGACUGGCUCCGCGAGAACCGCGUCGCCUGCCCGGUCUGCCGCAAGGUCGCUCUCCCCGUGCUGCCGUGGAAGGCGCCGCCGACAUCGGCGCCGUCGGCGUCGGAUUUGGAGGAUCCACUAGUGCGGCAGGCGCCGUCACCACCAGGUUCUUGAAGGAUUCUUUCGUCGUUUUUGUUUCUGCAUUCUUGGAACUGAGCGAAGGGUAGUGCCUCUUGUCUGAUGGUCUGGAUCAGUUCUUGAAGGCUUCCUUAGUUGUUUGUCUUUUGCUUUCUUGGAGCUGAUUAAGCUUAGCUCGGGUUCCUAUUGUUCAGAGCUAUGAUCUCAGUUCCCCUCUGAUGAACUAAACACCUGUAUUUGGCCAAGAAACGGUGAUAUGUUCGUUCUUGGAUCAGUUCCAUUGUUCUGACAAAGGCUAAUAGCUUCUUGUUGAUUGAUUUGGUAGUCA